GCAGGGGGCGCGACGUGGAGCCUGGCCGGCCGCCGCUGCACUCCGGACUGUGGCUCACCGGAGGCGCCUGGCUUGACGCGUCAUGGACAGGCCGGUGGCGGCGGCGGCCGCGGCGGCCGCGAGCUGCGAGGGUGUUGCGGGCGCGGGGCCAGUGCCGGCAGCUGGCUGGAGACCCUCUCGGGUCGUGGGGGGCGCUUCGGGUGGCUCCCGGCAGCCCAGCAUGGAGACCCUAGACAGUCCUACAGGGUCACAUGUUGAAUGGUGUAAACAGCUUAUAGCUGCUACAAUUUCUAGUCAGAUUUCAGGUUCAAUGACAUCAGAAAAUGUGUCCAGAGAUUACAAGGUUUUCAGGAGGCCUGAUACCAGGAAUAUUCAUAAAGCAAGACAAAGAUUGGAGCUAGAGGAAGAACACAAUGGCUACCCUUCUGAAGCUGAAGCUGAUCAGGCUCUAAGGGAUGGAAAUAAACUGGCACAGAUGGAAGAAGCCCCACUUUUUCCAGGAGAAUCAAUUAAGGCCAUUGUGAAAGAUGUCAUGUAUAUCUGUCCAUUUAUGGGAGCAGUGAGUGGAACCCUGACAGUGACAGACUUCAAAAUGUACUUCAAAAAUGUAGAAAGGGACCCACAUUUCAUCCUUGAUGUUCCCCUUGGAGUGAUUAGCAGAGUUGAGAAGAUUGGUGCCCAGAGCCAUGGGGAUAAUUCUUGUGGUAUAGAGAUCGUGUGCAAGGAUAUGAGGAACCUGAGACUUGCAUAUAAGCAAGAAGAACAAAGAAAACUUGGGAUAUUUGAAAAUCUCAACAAGCAUGCUUUUCCUCUUUCGAAUGGGCAGGUGCUAUUUGCAUUCAGCUAUAAAGAGAAGUUUCCCAUUAAUGGCUGGAAAGUUUAUGAUCCAGUAUCUGAAUAUAAGAGACAGGGCUUGCCAAAUGAGAGUUGGAAAAUAUCCAAAAUAAACAGUAACUAUGAGUUCUGCGAUACCUACCCUGCCGUCAUUGUUGUGCCAACUAGUGUAAAAGAUGACGAUCUUUCAAAAGUGGCAGCCUUUCGAGCAAAAGGCAGAGUCCCUGUGUUGUCAUGGAUUCACCCAGAAAGUCAGGCAACGAUUACUCGUUGCAGCCAGCCAUUGGUGGGUCCCAAUGAUAAACGCUGCAAAGAAGAUGAAAAAUACCUGCAGACAAUAAUGGAUGCUAAUGCACAGUCACAUAAACUUAUCAUCUUUGAUGCCCGACAAAACAGUGUUGCUGAUACCAACAAGGCAAAAGGUGGAGGAUAUGAAAGUGAAAGUGCUUACCCCAAUGCAGAGCUCAUGUUUUUGGAGAUCCACAAUAUUCAUGUGAUGAGGGAAUCACUUCGUAAAUUAAAGGAGAUUGUGUACCCUUCCAUUGAUGAGUCACGGUGGCUAUCCAAUGUGGAUGGGACACAUUGGCUGGAAUAUAUAAGGGUGCUGCUUGCUGGGGCAGUAAGAAUUGCUGAUAAAAUAGAAUCUGGGAAAACUUCUGUGGUGAUCCACUGCAGUGAUGGGUGGGACCGAACAUCCCAGCUCACAUCUCUGGCAAUGCUGAUGUUGGACAGUUAUUACCGGACCAUUAAAGGAUUUGAGGCUCUCAUAGAAAAGGAGUGGAUAAGCUUUGGACACAGGUUUGCACUGAGAGUGGGCCAUGGUGAUGACAACCAUGCAGAUGCUGACCGAUCACCUAUAUUUCUUCAGUUUAUUGAUUGUGUUUGGCAGAUGACAAGACAGUUCCCCUCAGCAUUUGAGUUUAAUGAAUUAUUCUUGAUUACAAUUUUGGAUCACCUCUAUAGCUGUCUUUUUGGAACCUUUUUGUGCAAUUGUGAACAACAACGCAUCAAAGAGGAUAUAUAUACAAAGACUAUAUCUUUAUGGUCUUACAUCAAUAGCCAGAUAGAUGAAUUUUCAAAUCCCUUCUUUGUGAAUUAUGAGAACCAUGUGUUAUAUCCUGUUGCUAGUAUAAGUCACUUGGAAUUGUGGGUUAAUUAUUAUGUAAGAUGGAAUCCACGGAUGAGACCACAGAUGCCAAUUCACCAGAAUCUCAAGGAGCUGCUGGCUGUCAAGGUUGAGCUGCAGAAGCGUGUGGAGGACCUGCAGCGGGAGGUGGCCACACGAACCAUCUCAUCUUCUUCUGAGAGGGGCUCCUCACCUACCCACUCCGUCACUCCUGUCCACACCUCAGUCUGAUGGACAAGACCAGUGUCCUGGGCCAUCCUGCUGCUCUAAUGUCGUUCAGCAGCUCAAGGACCAGGCCAUUGAUGUGUGGUUCUAGCUUGUCAUUUUAGGAUUAGGUCCAGGGACCUUUUGUGUGGCUAGGUGACAGCUCCUAUUGUUAACAAAUACUUCUUUUGUGUGAAUAGCCUCUGACCCACUUGAGGGCAUUCUCACAGGGGAGCAACAGGCCACACCCACCCUGUGAACUACCCUGUCUUGUACAGGUAGCUUGGGAGAAACUACAUUGAAUGCAGUGCGGUAUUUCAGCUUAAGAGAAUGUCUUGUCACGUCUUUCCAAGUUAAGUCCUUUGUUAGGAAUAACCUGUUCACACAUAGAACACAUCGCCAGCCAUGUGGCGUCUCUCAGCCUUUGGCACAAUUUGAAAACUGGUUUUACAGGAAAUAUUAGUGUGGCAGAUGAACCACUGCCACCUGUUCUACAGUUAUCUUCAUGCAAGAAGCCCUCCUGUACAAUUGGUACAAUAUGUACUGCUGUGUACAUACAAGGUAUUUUUUAAAGAGAAACAUGCCUUUAUUUUCCUAUGCCUUUUUUUUUAAUGUUUAGAAUAGUUAUCUCAGGAGACAUCUGCUGAACUGUGCUGUAUGAGAAAUUCUUGCCCAACAGAGUUCAUGCUGACUUUUGUGUGGUACAUUUGAAUUAAGAUUUCAAAUGUGUCAUCUCAGUGGCAAUGUAGUAUUGUCCUCUAACUCUGGUACUUGGUUUUUGAGGUGGCACAACCCAUUCAUUCAUUAAUAGAAGUAGCAGCAGGUUCCCUCAGGAUGUAGCAAACUAUGAAUGCUUGUUACAGGUAAACUGAGGACUCAAGCAGCAUUUCUGUGUAUGUGUUGGCCUCUGUCUAUAACAUCUCUCUAAAGGAUCAAGUCUUGGGAAUUGCUCUGGCCAUUGGACCUUGCAUUCUACCACCUAUUAAGAUGUCCAGCACCUAUGGUAGGGCAAGUCUGCUUUCACCUCUUAUAUACCCAGACACCAUGUCUUCAUUUAUCCCAAUCCCUUCUCAGUUUCUUCACAUGGAUGCCUGUCCAUGCUUUAAAGCAACCAUAGUGCUGCAGCUUUGCUUAGGAAAGCAUAGUGUGCUCUUCCUUGGUUUUCCCUUUCUUGGAGCCAGCCCUGGAUACCCAGGCUUCUCUCCAUGGUUAGCAAACGAGCUCUGCUACUCCAUCCGUCCUUCUAGGAAUGAAUUUCCUAUCGGCUCCUCUAUGUGCAGUGCCAGCGUCACUGCACCCAAUGCCAUGCCCAUUUCUGCAUGUCAUCAGGUCCUUCAGAGUUGGAGAUAUGUUUGAAGCUGACAGAGUUAACUCCUGAGCAUAGAUCCCCUCCUCUGGCCAGUGUCAAAUCACUGGAGGCCAUGAAGCCCUGCAUGUUGUCCUUGAUUUUCACAUGUAUUCUUAAUGAGAUUUCUAUAAUUGAAUGCAUAGAAAAUAGAUGACUUUUCAACUUGGAACCUUCUUAUUCUUACAAAAAAGCUAUCCAAUCUUAACCAGAGGCAUUUAUUCAAAGUUUCUUGAGCUAAGAUCGUCUCCAUUUUUAUCAUCUGAGGGAUUUGUUUCUAAACUAUAGUUCAAGUGAUGUUAGCUUUUGAUUUAUUCUCCUCACAUAUACAAAACCUUAUUUGUAGGUGGAUAAACUGCCAUGUUUGAGGUAGGACUGCUGUGAGUUCAGGGCCAGCUUUGGCUGUAUUUUGAGUUCUGUACCAGCUGGGCUAUAUUGUGGAAUCCCGUCUCAAAGUCAAUACAAAACAAAACAAAACCAAUAUUUUUCCUUCGUAUACUUUUUAAAACUUGGAACAUUAACCAAUUUUCCCUAGAAAUGCUAUGUAAUUCCCCAGCAACAACAGGAACAUUAAACAUAGAGUGGACUGGAUGAUGUUUUGACAUUAGCAGAGAAGCCAUGGGGGCCGCUGCUUGGUAAGGUCGGCUGGCCUGGUAAAGAUGGCUGGUGGAAUGGGGAUCUGGCUCCUGGUUAGGUAAUCCAUCCAAGCUGUGUGCCUGCAGCACCCCUAGAAAUUUCCACUGGAUUUUUAAAAAGCACAAGAGAGUAUUUCCCUUUGUAUGUUUCUAGCACAGAACUGUUUCUAAAACAACUUCAAGUGUAGUUUUCUUACCUAAGCAAUUCUUUCAUGUUUGUUUUGUUUAAAUACUAGAAUGUAAAACCUUUAAGGUUCAGAUUUUUUAAACAACUAGUACAAUACUGUAUUUGCCUCAUCUGAUGCACUGUAUUCCAACCUGUAAUUAAAAUUAUAAUAUGUU